AAUGGGUUAGGCUGCGCCGGCUGAAAGUCGCCGCCUCGCAGCAGAGGGGCGUCAGUCAGCGCUGCCGGGUAAGGAGUUUGGAAGGCUGCACGUUCGAGUCUCAGUAACAGUGGAAUUUUUUUUUCCUCCAGGGAUCUUUUUCCAGCCGUAGGUGUUGUCCAAAAUCGUUACCAGUAAUUGUUCGACUGGGACGGCUUUUUACUCGUAAAAGUUCUUUUUCUUCUUUGCGCCGUGAAAUUAGUGGCUGUGAUCAAUCAUGCCCGUCUUCCACACCCGCACGAUCGAGAGUAUCCUGGAGCCGGUGGCGCAGCAGAUCUCCCACCUGGUCAUCAUGCACGAAGAGGGCGAGGUAGACGGCAAGGCAAUCCCGGAUCUCACCGCUCCAGUCGCCGCUGUGCAAGCCGCGGUCAGCAACCUGGUCCGGGUUGGAAAAGAAACUGUCCAGACAACCGAAGACCAGAUUUUGAAGAGAGAUAUGCCACCUGCAUUCAUUAAGGUGGAAAAUGCUUGCACAAAACUUGUCCAGGCAGCUCAGAUGCUCCAAACUGACCCUUAUUCAGUACCCGCUCGUGAUUACCUCAUUGAUGGAUCAAGAGGCAUCCUUUCUGGGACAUCGGACUUACUUUUGACAUUUGAUGAGGCUGAGGUCCGCAAAAUCAUUCGUGUCUGCAAAGGAAUUCUGGAAUACCUAACUGUGGCUGAGGUGGUGGAAACAAUGGAGGAUUUGGUGACCUACACAAAGAACCUAGGGCCAGGAAUGACCAAGAUGGCCAAAAUGAUUGAUGAACGGCAGCAAGAGCUGACUCACCAGGAGCACAGAGUCAUGUUGGUGAACUCCAUGAACACUGUGAAGGAGCUGCUGCCAGUUCUUAUUUCUGCCAUGAAAAUUUUUGUAACAACUAAAAAUUCCAAAAGCCAAGGAAUAGAGGAGGCCUUGAAAAACCGCAACUUUACAGUGGAGAAGAUGAGCGGUGAAAUAAAUGAAAUAAUCCGUGUUUUACAACUCACGUCCUGGGAUGAGGAUGCUUGGGCCAGCAAGGAUACAGAAGCCAUGAAGAGAGCUUUGGCCUUAAUAGAUUCCAAGAUGAACCAGGCCAAGGGUUGGCUUAGGGACCCCAACGCUCCAGCAGGAGACUCUGGUGAACAAGCCAUAAGGCAGAUCCUGGACGAAGCAGGAAAAGUUGGAGAGCUGUGUGCAGGCAAAGAACGCAGAGAGAUUCUGGGAACCUGUAAAAUGCUAGGCCAAUUGACUGAUCAAGUGGCUGACCUUCGAGGCAGAGGACAAGGUACUACACCGCUAGCUCUGCAGAAGGCUCAGCAAGUGUCCCAAGGGUUGGAUUUGCUAACUGCAAAAGUGGAAAAUGCAGCUCGCAAGCUGGAGGCUAUGACCAACUCUAAGCAGGCAAUUGCAAAGAAAAUUGAUGCUGCUCAGAGCUGGCUAGCAGAUCCUCAUGGAGGAACUGAAGGAGAAGAACACAUUCGAGGCAUUAUGGCUGAAGCCAGGAAAAUUGCAGAACUCUGUGAAGACCCCAAAGAGCGAGAUGAUAUUUUGCGGUCCCUUGGAGAAAUCUCUGCUCUGACUGCUAAAUUGUCAGACCUCCGGAAACAUGGAAAGGGGGAUUCUCCUGAAGCCCGUGCAUUAGCCAAGCAAAUAGCUACAUCACUUCAGAAUUUACAGUCUAAAACCAACAGGGCUGUUGCAAACAGCAGACCUGCCAAGGCAGCUGUCCAUCUAGAAGGGAAGAUUGAGCAAGCUCAGAGAUGGAUAGACAAUCCUACAGUUGAUGACCGUGGGAUAGGUCAGGCUGCGAUCCGGGGGCUUGUGGCAGAAGGUCGCCGCCUUGCCAAUGUCAUGAUGGGACCUUAUCGUCAAGACCUGCUUGCCAAAUGUGACCGUGUGGAUCAGCUUGCUGCCCAGUUAACUGAUUUGGCAGCACGAGGUGAAGGAGAAUCUCCUCAAGCCAAGGCAGUUGCUGCUCAGCUGCAGGACUCAUUAAAGGAUCUUAAAUCAAGGAUGCAAGAGGCUAUGACCCAGGAAGUAUCGGAUGUGUUUAGUGACACGACAACUCCAAUUAAACUGUUGGCAGUAGCAGCCACUGCUCCUCCAGAUGCACCCAACAGGGACGAGGUAUUUGAUGAAAGGGCAGCCAAUUUUGAAAAUCACGCUGCUAGGCUUGGUGCUACUGCAGAAAAAGCAGCUGCGGUUGGAACAGCCAACAAAAGUACUGUAGAAGGUAUACAAGCAACUGUGAAGUCUGCAAGAGAGCUUACACCUCAGGUAGUAUCUGCUGCUCGCAUCCUCCUAAGGAAUCCUGGAAAUCAAGCUGCUUAUGAACACUUUGAGACCAUGAAGAACCAGUGGAUUGAUAACGUGGAAAAAAUGACAGGGAUGGUGGAUGAAGCAAUUGAUACCAAGUCUCUGUUGGAUGCCUCUGAGGAAGCUAUUAAGAAAGACCUGGACAAAUGCAAAGUGGCAAUGGCUAAUAUUCAACCACAGAUGCUUGUAGCAGGGGCCACCAGUAUUGCCCGGCGAGCAAACCGGAUUUUGUUAGUGGCAAAGAAGGAGGUUGAAAACUCAGAGGACCCCAAGUUCCGUGAAGCUGUUAAAGCUGCCUCUGAUGACCUGAGUAAAACCAUUUCACCAAUGGUGAUGGAUGCUAAAGCUGUGGCAGGCAACAUUUCUGAUCCUGGUUUGCAGAAGAACUUCCUGGAUUCUGGAUACAGGAUUCUGGGAGCUGUGGCCAAAGUUCGAGAAGCUUUCCAGCCCCAGGAACCUGAAUUCCCCCCUCCUCCUCCUGACCUUGAGCAACUUCACCUUACUGACGAACUUGCUCCUCCGAAGCCACCACUGCCAGAAGGCGAGGUUCCUCCUCCCAGGCCCCCUCCUCCUGAAGAAAAGGAUGAAGAGUUCCCAGAGCAGAAGGCUGGUGAGGUGCUUAACCAGCCGAUGAUGAUGGCUGCCAGGCAGCUACACGAUGAAGCCAGAAAAUGGUCCAGCAAGGUUAAGGAAGCCCCUGAGGCUGAUGUAGAUGUAGAUCAGGAGGAGGAGGAGGAGGAAGCUGAUGUUGAAGUCAUUCUCCCCUCUGACAUUGAAGAUGAUUACGAGCCUGAGCUGCUGUUAAUGCCAACCAACCAACCUGUUAACCAGCCCAUUCUGGCCGCUGCUCAGUCUCUGCACCGGGAAGCCACCAAGUGGUCUAGUAAGGGCAACGACAUCAUUGCUGCUGCCAAGCGGAUGGCCCUUUUGAUGGCUGAGAUGUCACGCUUGGUAAGAGGAGGCAGUGGGAACAAACGGGCUCUUAUCCAGUGUGCCAAGGAUAUUGCAAAAGCUUCAGAUGAAGUGACAAGGCUGGCCAAGGAGGUGGCAAAGCAGUGCACUGACAAGCGCAUCAGAACAAACCUUUUGCAGGUCUGUGAGCGCAUCCCAACCAUCAGCACCCAGCUCAAAAUCCUCUCCACUGUCAAGGCAACCAUGUUGGGUCGGACUAACAUCAGUGAUGAGGAGUCCGAACAGGCCACUGAGAUGUUGGUUCACAAUGCCCAGAAUCUUAUGCAAUCUGUCAAGGAGACUGUUCGGGAAGCUGAGGCCGCCUCUAUUAAGAUUCGAACUGAUGCUGGGUUCACUCUACGCUGGGUCAGAAAAACUCCUUGGUACCAGUAGAGAGCUGCCUCUCUCCAAAGCAUUUCUUUCAUAAAAUCCCUCAUGAAGCAAAGAUAAUUUUGUAAACAGCCAAAAGGUGCUUCAAAGAUUAAAUCUGGAUCCCCUUAAACCCCAUUCUAAGGGCUUUAACAGUUUGUUGAGCUACCUUUGGUAUCUAACCUCGCCAUAAUUGACAGCUACUUUUUCUCUUUUUGCUUUUGGGCGUUUUUAUAUGUGUUUUCUUGAACUCUAUAAUCUCAGAAACAUUUCCCCUUCCCGUUGCACACUAUAUAUUCCAGUGGUUUUCUAUGUGAGGCAAUAUAUGCAGAUUUCACUUUAGCAUGGAUUGAAACUCUGGGACACUUUUGGUGUUUAUUGUGAGGGACAAUCAGAAGACAAGUGGCCCAGCAUUUCAGUUUUCUGCUCCCUUUUCUAAAUCUUUUUAAACAAAUAUGUUGCUAAGUUUGUUUCAUUGCCUUCAAAAGUUUCCCUUGCUAGGGGGAGAUGUGUGUGCUCAAAAGCUGCUGCUAGUCAUGUUUUUUUUGCCUGAAAGUGAUCUCAAAGCCAUCAAAAACUGGGAAUGGUCACCAGUAGUCAGUUUUAGUACCUUGUGGUGAUGACUGUUGGUAGCAUUUAUUUGUUUGACAGGGUGGGGAGGAGAGCAUGCAGCAUCCCCCACAUAUAUGCACAUGCCACUGGCACAAGGGGCACAAUCUCUUGCUUGCCCUCCCUGACCUUUUUUAUUGUACCCAUUGGAGAGAAAUGUGUUUAUUUCAGCGAUUUAUUUUCUUUCCUGCUCUUUGUUUUACUAGUGGAACAGUUCUCUCUCUGUUCUAGUUAAUAGCUGUUGGGAUGUGUUGGAGGUACGAUAGUAGAACAUCUCCCAUAAGGUAACAGAAAUAAUUCUCACUUCAGUCUUUUACAUAGUGAAAUAUUUAAACACGCGCCUCAAAUCCACUGCGUAGUGGUAGAAUCAGCUGUCAAACAGAAUGGUCACUUUCAACCAUGGUAGGACAACUGGGCUUUGGAAGGGUGCUUAGGGCUAUAGUAGUAUGGCUUUAUUUUAGUACUGAUCUGCAAGCAGUUGGCUUCUGCAGUUGCACAGAGCAGAUAAUUUCAGGCACAGGGCACUAGGAAUACCUCUUGCACAAGCUCUGCUGACACUAAUGAAGUUUACUUUGUCUUCUGCAGGUGAUGUUCCUGCACAAAUCAUUAAUCCUACUAAUCCUGUUUAUGUAUUUGCAAAGAAAUUAUGUACUGAUGAUGCAGUGUCCUUACACUAUCAUGCAACAGAAAUCAUGCUCAGGAGACCUAUAAAUGUGCCCUCUGAGUCAGCAGAACUGCUAAGAAGUGGCACUUGUUUACCUGUUUUAAGAAAUUUUAACUUCACUUCUGUGUCCUUCCUGGUGCAAUUUAAAAGGGAAAUAAAAAUAUGUUUUAACAACUUCUUUACAACUGCCAAGAGCAAGAGCCCUUGCUUGCCCCCACCUUUCCUGAAUACUUUGUGCCUGGUGAUUGCCGACAGCAUGGUACUCAGAACCGUCACUUAGGUUUCUGGCAAUAAGUAGCUACAACGAGAAGAUGAAAGGGAACAUCACAGCCUAGGCCUGGAUGCCUUGUUGCCCUUGUUUGGUUUGUAUAAGCUCAGUAGGAAAAAGAUCCUUGGAAUGUUUGUACCAACUUGUAGUUCAACAUUUCAUCAUGAACUUUUAAAAUCAUCACCAUUUAAUAAUUUGACUUUGUAUUAAUGCAAUAUUACUAAUGCCUUUAAUUACAUGAUGGUUUAUACCAAAGACUGCUUUUUGUUAAGGAAUGUUUGAAGGAAAGCUCUGAAUCAUAUUUGCCUUGGAUAUUUCUUCAGAAUGUUUUAUUAAGUUCAAAAGUCUUGUAUAGAAGUUAAUAUCCUCUACACCUUAUGCAAUUUAUGCUUUCCUGAAUUUUUGUUCAUUAGACCUAAGAUGAAGCAAACUUGAAUGUCAGAAGCAUUUUGCCACUAACUACCUUCGUUUAUAAACCAGAAUUUUGUUGUAUAUGCUAAUAUUUUCAAUCUUUGUUCUGUUCAAACAAAAUAAAAUGCAUUUGUAUAAAAAUCAA